AUGAAGUUUGAUGUCCAAAAAUAUUUAGAAAUAUCCACAAUUCAUGGAUUCUUUUAUACUUCAAAGAAGUUUCAUUUUGUUGAAAGAAUUUUUUGGAUCUUCGCUUUGAUCUUUUCAGUCAUUUGCACAUCACUGCUAAUCGCUGAACUGAUUGUUAAGGCUCAACAUGUUCCAAUUGUGUCACAUUUAUCAGAUCAAAUGAUUGCUGUUUCUGAGGCAGCAUUUACAGUUUGUCCUCGAUUGAAGCCAGUUAUACCGUUCCUGGGUAAACGUGGCGUUGGAUAUCGAUAUGCUCGCUUUGAGAAGCACACAUUAAGGACGUACUACUAUCAACCAGAAGAAUCGAAUGACGAAAUAAAAGAUGAAAUUAACUUUGAACGAUUCAGUUACGUUAUGGCUUUAGAAGAGAUUGAAAAUGGAACAAUUGAUGCUCAAAAACUAGGAAUUAAGCUUCUAAAACGCCUUCAAGUCAUUGAUUUGAUCACAAAUCGAGGAACUUUUCAGAAAAUAAAUCUUACAAUUCCAACUGAUGACUUCCUUGACGUCAUCAAUGAGUUUGACAAAGAUUUCCUCAUCGAUUAUUUUGCUCUGGUCUUCAAAUGGAUUGAUGAGUUUCAACAAUAUGCAUCAGAAAUUAUUACUCAAUUUGGUCUUUGUUUUACAUUCAAUAUUGCACCUAGUCAUGAAUUAAUGGAAGCUAACUUAACAUCUGAUGACUUUCACUACAUUUACGCAAUGAAAGAGUUCCAAAGAGGACUGUGGAAGCAUGAAAAACCACCAAAAGAAUUAAAAAGAAUUUCAACGUCAAAGUCAGGCUUGUGGAUUGGAUUUCAAACAAAAUAUUUGCUACGUGAAAAUCUUUUGGGUGACGACGGUCUUAGUGGAUUCACAGUUUUAAUUCAUGAUCCUUAUGAACUACCAACAGCGAGGUCAAAAAUGAUCAAACUUAAUACUGAUUAUGAAACUCAAAUUUAUCUUAAGCCACAAUUGAAUUCGAUUGACGAGUCGCUGUAUGAUUAUGAACCAGCUGAGCGCAACUGCUACCUGGAAAACGAGAAAGUCCUGAAAUUCUUCAAAGUCUACACGAAAAACAACUGCGAGAAUGAAUGUCUGUCUGAUUUCAUGCUCAGUCGUUGUGGCUGCGUUGAAUUCUUCAUGAUUCGAAAUUCUUCGACUCGAAUUUGUUCGGCAAAUGAGCAAAAUUGCUACAAGACUGCUGAAAAUGACUUUGAGGAACAGAAAAGUGCUUGUUUAUGUUACAAUCCAUGCGAAUAUGUUAAGUAUGAGUAUGAAAUAAACGAAUAUGGAGCUGCUGACCAAAAGUCAUAUUCAGCGUACAAUGUAAUUGGUGGUCAGAUUAGAUAUAAGAACAAUGCUUUCAAUGAGCUAGUCCGCAAGCAGCAGUUCGAUACUCUCGAUUUUCUGUCAUUUGUUGGUGGAAUUUUGGGACUUUUUGCUGGAUUUUCAGCACUGUCGUUUAUUGAGCUGAUUUAUUGGUUCACAAUUCGAGCUGUGAUUGGAAAGUGUAAGAAAAUUGACACUAAAGUCUAUCCAAUAGAUGAAGUUGUUAAGACAAAGUCAAAGAUUUUAAAGAUUUUCGAUUCAUUUUUGUCUUAUUUUAAUGAAUCAUCGAUUCAUGGAUUUAAUGAUGUCUUUGAGUUCUCACGGAUUGGAAGGUUAGUAAGAAAGGUUCAAAAAGGAUCAAUAAGACUAAAAAAGAUUCCAUUCCCAGCAAUCACAAUUGUACCAGAAUUUUCACUUGACAAAGAGUGGUUAUUAGGAGACUUUUGGAUCUCCGCAAACUCACCAUUUUAUGGAAGAAAGUAUUUAAACAAUGAGAAAACAAGAGAACCAUUUAUAAGAAAUUUGACAAAGUUUCAUUUUUGCAAUGAGAUUUACACUGGAUAUUACUCAAAUUAUGACUUUAGUUAUAUCCCACAUAUCUUUGAUGCUUUGAAAGAGGAAUCAAAAAUUGAUUGGUUCCGUGAUCAAUUUUCAUCAUUUAAUGGCAAAUAUCAGCCAGAAUUUGCAGAAAUUCGAACAUCCAGAGGCAUGGGAUUCACAUUUAACAUGAUUGAUGCUGAUGAGAUGUUCAACUUUGAUCAGAUCAGCUCAGAAUUCAAUUACACCAGAAACAUCACAACAAAGUCAGAAAAUGUCAGAAAGUUCACCGAAUAUCCCAUCAGAAUCGACACAAAGAGCAAUGCUUACUUCUCAAUAAAGCUUAAAAAGAUUCCAGGACUAUUCAUGAACUGUGUUAAGCAGUCCUUUAUGAUUCAUCAGCCUGAAGAUUCACCAACAUUUAGCACAAGAAAAGAAUUUGCGUCUUUUGACUCUGGAACUAGCAUUGAAGUCACAAUCACUCCAGAAAUCACUAAAACAGACAAAGAUUUGAGGAAGUUGAAGCCUCAAGAACGUGAUUGUUAUUUUGAGGAUGAAAAGAAGUUGAAAUUCUUGAAGAAAUAUACCCAGAAGAACUGCGAGAUUGAGUGCUUAGCGAACAUAACAAUAAACAAAUGUGGAUGUGCUGACAUUGAUCAUCCAUUUGAGUCAACAGAAGAUAUUUGUGUGAAUAUCACCAGAGGCCUGCUAAGCUAUUGUCCAGAAAAGCUUCAUCAUGAUUUAUUGACAAUUGAAACAUUCUCACCCGAACAGAACUGCUCAUGCUUGCCAUUGUGCAACUCAAUCAGCUACAACAUCAAAUAUUAUACAAAGCAUGAGUCAGGUGGGAAUGAGACAAUAAUAAAUAUAAACUUCCCAGCAGUCACCGUUUGUCCGAGAUUCAAACCAUCACUUGAUUACCUUAACUUACGAUAUCUUGGUGCUAUAAAGUUUUAUGGCUAUGAAAAACACACAUUUCGGAAGUAUAUCUAUGAAAAAGUUGAAUUUUUAGAAAAAUAUAACGAAGAAGUCAAGCUUGGCAGGAGUGGCUACAUGCAAAUGUUAAGAAAAAUCGAAAAUGGAAGCAUCCAGCCUGAAGAAUUGGGACUCAACUUCCUCAAACGCCUCCAAGUCGUUGAUCUUGUCCUUGAUCAAAAUAUUUUCUCAAACCUGAAUUUUUCAAUUCCAACUGACGACUUCCUUAGCAUCAUUAAUGAGUUUGCUAAAGAAUUUGAUGAAUAUUUCUCAAUAGUGUUCUUCUGGAUUGGCGAUUAUCAGCAAUACAUAUCAGAAAUCAUCACACCUUGGGGCUUGUGCUUUACAUUCAACAUUGCAUUCAGUCAUGACUUACUGAAUCUUAACUCAACAUCUAAUGACUUUCACUUUCUUCAUACUCUUAGAGAAAUUCAACCUAAAUUGUGGACACAUCAACGUCCACCUGUAAAAUCUCCAAACAGACUUUUAACAUUUCAAGCUGGUCUUUGGGUUGGAUUUAGAAUUUAUUCAGCUUAUUAUAAAAUUUUAAUUCAUGAUUCGCAUGAAUUACCAACAAAAAGAUCAAAAUUUUUGACACUUAAUCCAAAAUUUCAAACAAAAGUUACAAUUGAUCCACAAUUGAACUCGAUUGAUGAGUCACUUUAUGGAUAUGAAGCUGCUGAACGCAACUGCUACUUGGAAAACGAAAAAGUCCUGAAAUUCUUCAAAGUCUACACAAAACACAACUGCGAAAGUGAAUGUAUUGCUGAUUUCUUACUAAGUCGUUGUGGCUGCGUUGAAUUCUUCAUGAUUCGAAAUUCUUCAACUCGAAUUUGUUCAGCAAACGAGCAAAACUGCUACAAGAAAGCUGCUGAUGACUUUGAGGAUCUGAAAAGCUCUUGCGAAUGUUUUGAGCAAUGCGAUUUUGUUAAGUUUGAUUAUGAGUCAAGUGAAUCAGGAGCUGUUGAUCAAGGAUCAAAAUCUAAAUUCAUGGAAAUUGGAUUUCAAAUUCAGUACAAGCACAACUUUUUUAAUCAGCUCAUUCGAAAGAAGCAAUUUGCAGUUGUUGAUUUUCUAUCGUUUGUUGGUGGAAUUUUGGGACUUUUUGCAGGUUUUUCAGCACUUUCAUUUGUUGAGCUGAUUUAUUGGUUUACAAUUCGAGUUUGUCUCAGAAGAUUUGGUAAAGUUCGUCCAGUUAUUGAAGCUUCUUCGAAUGAUUCCUUUGUGAAAGUCAAAGAGAUUGUUAAGUCAUAUUUUAAAGAAUCUUCAGUUCAUGGUUUCAGACAUAUGGUUCGGUCCACGAGGAUUGAAAACUUGUUCUGGAUUUUCUUGAUGAUCAUGAUCACACCAUUUUGCAUCAACAUGAUUUUGAAUGCACAUGAAAGACUUCCAAACAGUCGAAUUAUUGGAUAUGAUGAUAACUUUAAGUUCUCAAAGAAUAUUCCAUUUCCUGCAAUCACAAUCGUACCAGAAUAUACAAUUCCAAUUGAGUUUAUCAUUGGAGACUUCUUUUACUUGCCAUACAAUGUUAAAAAAGGGAGAAAGUUUUUAAGUAAUGUAAAAACUAAAGAACCGUUCAUCAGGAACCUAACAAGAUUUCACUACUGUUCUGAAUGGUACAUUAAUGAACAAUACAAUAUCAGCUUCGUGCCACUCAUCUUUAGUGUCCUUAAAGAAGAUUCACAAGUUGACUGGUUCAGUGACCAAUUCUCAUCAUUUAAUGACAAAUAUCAGCCAGAAUUUGCUGAAAUUCGAACAUCCAGAGGCAUGGGAUUCACAUUUAACAUGAUUGAUGCUGAGGAGAUGUUCAACUUUGAUCAGAUCAGCUCAGAGUUCAACUAUACCAGAAAUAUCACGACAAAGUCAGAAAACCUAACUGAACUCCCGAAAUCUCUCAAAUAUCCUUUAAAGUUCAACAAAAAUGAUCGAAUAAAAUUCAAAUUAAUCCUAAAAAGCCCUUUUGGAAGAACCUACAGCUGUGUUAAGCAAACUUUUAUGGUUCAUCAAUCUGAUGACUUGCCAACAUUUAGUCCAAGAAAAGAAUUUACAUCUUUCGACUAUGGAACCACCGUUGAUGUCAGAAUAACAACAAAGAUAACAAAAACGGAUGAUAUUCUAAGAGAUUUGAAUCCUGCGGAACGUGAAUGCUAUUUUGAUGGGGAAAAAUCAUUGAAAUACUUCAAAAAGUAUUCACAAAAGAACUGUGAACUUGAAUGCCUUACAAAUAUAACAAAGAAGACAUGCAGAUGUGUAGACAUUGAUCAUCCAUUUAAGACUAAGGAUGAGAUGUGUCUAAACAUUUCUAGAUUCGCUAACAAUUGCUAUCUGAGACUUCAACACAAUCUUUAUGAAUUUGAAGGCUUUUCACCAGAACAGAACUGCUCAUGCUUGCCAUUGUGCAAUUCAAUCAGCUACAACAUCAAAUAUUAUACAAAGCAUGAGUCAGGUGGGAAUGAGACAACAAUAAAUGUGAGAAUGAACAUGGACGACAUCGUUUUGUUCCGAAGAUAUCAGCAAUUUACAUUCUCGGAUGUUGUUUCUUAUGUCGGUGGACUUUUGGGACUUUUUGCUGGCAUUUCAAUGCUUUCAAUUGUUGAGUUUUUUUACUUUUUUACUAUUCGACUCGGGGUUAAUUUGUGGAGGAUGCUGAGGGUUGGCGUGGAUGUUUGUCCGAGAUUCAAACCAUCAAUUGCUUAUCUUAAGAGACGAUAUCUUGGUGGAAUUAAAUUCUAUGGCUACGAAAAGCACACGUUCAGGAAGUAUUUUUAUGAAGAUAUCGAGUUUUUGGAGAAUUAUAAGGAAGAAUUUAAGUUACUGAAAAGUGGUUACAUCCAAACGUUGAGAAAACUCAAAAAUGGAAUCAUCAAACCUGAAGAGUUGGGACUCAACUUCCUCAAACGCCUUCAAGUCGUCGAUCUAAUCUUACAACGAAAUGUUUUCUCAAAAUUAAACUUUUCAAUUCCAACAGACGACUUCCUUAGCAUUAUCAAUGAGUUUGGUAAAGACUUUGAUGAAUACUUUGGUGUCGUGUUCUACUGGAUUGGUGAUUACCAACAAUACAUAUCAGAAAUCAUCACACCGUGGGGUUUAUGCUACACAUACAGCAUAGCAUUCAGUCAUAAUUUACUAAACCUCAACACAACGUCAAGUAACUUUCAUUAUCUUCAUACUCAUCGAGAACUUCAACCAAAAUUUUGGAAACAUCAACGUCCACCUUUGAAAUUACCAAAUAAACUUUCAACAUCAAAAGCUGGUCUUUGGGUUGGAUUUAAAUCCUAUUCAGAUAAAUAUAAAAUUUUGAUUCAUAAUCCAAAUGAAUUACCAGGAAAAAGAUCGACAACUUUGAAACUUAAUCCAAAAUUUCAGACAAAAGUUAUAAUUGAUCCACAAUUAAACUCGAUUGAUGAGUCACUUUAUGGAUAUAAACCUUCUGGACGCAACUGCUACUUGGAAAACGAGAAAGUCCUGAAAUUCUUUAAAGUCUACACAAAACACAACUGCGAAAGUGAAUGUAUUGCUGAUUUCUUACUAAGUCGUUGCGGUUGCGUUGAAUUCUUCAUGAUUCGAAAUUCUUCAACUCGAAUUUGUUCAGCAAAUGAGCAAAGCUGCUACAAGCAUGCUAAAGAUGACUUUAAGGAGCAAAACAGCUUUUGUGAAUGUUAUAAUCCUUGUGAAUACGUUAAAUAUAGCUACAAAUUAAGUGAAUUUGGAUCUGUUGAAACUCCAUCGAGACUUAAGUUCUUACACAUUGGAUUUCAAAUUCAGUAUAAAGCAAGUUCAUUUAAUGAGCUUGUUCGCAAGCAGCAGUUCACAACGGUUGAUUUUCUAUCAUUUGUUGGUGGAAUUUUGGGACUUUUUGCUGGAUUUUCAGCACUUUCAUUCGUUGAGCUCAUUUAUUGGUUCACAAUUCGAGUUUAUUUGAAACGAUUUAAUCGAGUCGGUCCAAUUCCUGUACAAGAUUAUAAAGCAGUAAAAGACAAAGGACUGAUUAUAUCUUAUUUAAGUGAAUCGUCAGUUCAUGGCUUUAGCCAAAUGGUCAAGUCAACAAGAAUUGAAAACUUGCUUUGGAUCUUUAUGAUUGUUUUUAUGACGCCAUUUUGUAUUCAUUUGAUCUUAAAUGUUCAUGAAAGACUUCCCGACAGUCGAAUUAUUGGAUUUGAUGAUAAUUUUAGGUACACAGAGAAUAUUCCAUUUCCUGCAUUCACAAUAGUUCCUGAAUACACAGUUCCCCUCGACUUUAUAUUGAAAAACUCUUCGUUUUCAUUUUCAAAUCCAAAUCCUGGCAAGAAAUUCUUAAGAAAUGUAAAGACAAAAGCAACAUUUAUCAGAAAUUUAUCGAGACUUUACUUUUGUGCUGAAUGGUUCAUUGAAGCCGGAUACAACAUCACCGAUGUUCCAUAUAUUGUUGGUGUUUCAAAGAAAGAUUCAAAAAUUUGUUGGUUCCGCGACCAAUUUUCAUCAUUCAAUGGCAAAUAUCAGCCGGUAUUUGCUGAAAUUCGAACAUCCAGAGGCAUGGGAUUCACAUUUAACAUGAUUGAUGCUGAUGAGAUGUUCAACUUUGAGAAGAUCAGCUCAGACUUCAACUACACCAGGAACAUCACAACAAAGUCAGAAAACUCAAUUCAACUCCCAAAGUCCUUCAAAUAUCCUUUAAAGUUCAACAAAAAUGAUCGAGUAAAAUUCAAAUUAAUCCUAAAAAGCCCUUUUGGAAAGACUUACAGCUGUGUUAAGCAGUCUUUUAUCGUUCAUCAAUCUGAUGACUUGCCAACAUUUAGUCCAAAUAAAGAAUUUACAUCUUUCGAUUAUGGAACCACUGUUGAUGUCAGAAUAACAACAAAGAUAACAAAAACUGAUGAAAUUCUAAGAAAAUUGAAGCCAUCGGAACGUGAAUGCUAUUUUGAAGGGGAAAAGUCAUUGAAAUACUUCAAAAAGUAUUCCCAAAAAAAUUGUGAACUUGAAUGUCUUACAAAUAUAACAAAGAAGGCAUGCAGAUGUGUAGACAUUGAUCAUCCAUAUAAGAUCAAGGACGAAAUAUGUCUGACUGUUACCAGAAUACCAAAUAAUUGUUUUUUUAAGCUUCAAAAUAAACUUUAUGUUGCUGAAGAAUUCUCGCCAGAACAGAACUGCUCAUGCCUGCCAUUGUGCAACUCAAUCAGCUACAACAUCAAAUAUUAUACAAAGCAUGAGUCAGGUGGGAAUGAGACAACAAUAAAUGUGAGAAUGAACAUGGACGACAUCAUUUUGUUCCGAAGAUAUCAGCAAUUUACAUUCUCGGAUGUUGUUUCUUAUGUCGGUGGACUUUUGGGACUUUUUGCUGGCAUUUCAAUGCUUUCAAUUGUUGAAUUUUUCUACUUUUUUACUAUCCGGUUGGGAGUUAAUUUGUGGAGGAUGUUGAGAGGUAGGAUGAAAGUCAAUCAUUAA